CAAUAACUCAAAAUGUCCAAGAUUCUUACUGUUUUCGGCGCCACUGGCAACCAGGGCGGCUCUGUCGUUCGCGCCAUCCUCAACGACCCCGCUCUCUCCAAAGAGUUCAAGAUCCGUGGCAUCACCCGAGAUGUCUCCAAGCCCGCUGCCCAGGCUCUCGCCUCAAAGGGCGUUGAGGUCGUUGCUGCCGACAUGAACACCGCUGAGCAAGUCGCUCCCGCUGUCAAGGACGCUCACACUGUCUUCCUCGUCACAAACUACUGGGAGACCAACAGCGGCAACGGCGAGAUCGCUCAAGGAAAGGCUGUCGCCGACGCAUGCAAAACUGCUGGUGUGAAGCAGCUCAUUUUCUCGUCUCUUCUCGACACCAACAAGAUCAGCAACGGUCGCCUUACUCACAUCAAGCAUUUUGAGGGCAAGGCCGAGAUUGAGGAGUACAUCCGACAGAUCAAUGUUCCUGCUACUUUUGUCCUUCCUGGUUUCUUUGCUUCUAACCUCUUCACUUCGAUCCGCAAGAAUGAAGACGGUAGCUAUGGCUGGGCUCUCCCUGCCAAUGGUGACAAGGCCAAGGUUCCUCUCUUUGACGUGAACGCCGAUAUGGGCAAGUUCGUAAAGGCCGCAAUCAAGAACUUCCCCGGCACUAUCAAUAAGCGCAUCUUUGCUGCCACCGAUUACUACUCCCCCAACAGAAUCAUCUCCGAGUUCAGCGAAGUCAUCGGAAAGCCCGCUACCUUUAACCAAGUUCCCGCCGAUGUCUUCGAGUCUUUCCUCCCUGCUCCCGUCGCAAAGGAACUGACUGAAAACAUGAUGCUCUUGGAGGACCCUGGAUACUACGGCGAUGCUGAUCUCAAGGAGAGCUUGGAUCUUCUGGAUGAGAAGCCUGUUACUUGGAAGGAGUUUGUUGAGCAGAACAGAUCUAAGUGGGAAUAA